AUGACUCGUCCAGAAGGAUCCAAUGGCCAAGCGAAUGCCUUGAUUGUGGAUAGGAUCCAGAAUAAUGCAUUGAGUUUUUGUGAGGGAAAAGCUGAAGCUGAAUUGGAAGUGCUUGUGGAAAAAUGUGGGUGCAAAUAUACAUUUUACAAGAUUGGGAGAGCUUUGGCAAAUGUCAUUUAUGGCUACCAGAAAAUAUAUGAUACAGAGUACAGACCCUUGAGGGAGUCGAUUAUCAAUGGAAAAGUGCCAUACGCUUUUGAGAUGUCCAAUGUUAUUAUUGUUAUUAGGUGUUGGAUGCAAUUGAACGCUGAGAAAAUGUCCGUGUUGGAGUGCACAUAUCCGAAUUGUGACAAGACAUACUUGAAACCGUCCCACCUCAAGGUGCACAUGCGGAGGCAUUCGGGUGAGAAGCCGUAUGGGUGCAUGUGGCCAGGCUGCACUUGGCGUUUUUCCCGAUCCGACGAGCUGUCCCGGCACUGUCGGUCGCACUCGGGCAUCAAGCCGUACGGGUGUGACGUGUGCGCCAAGCGGUUUUCGCGAUCCGACCACCUGGCCAAGCACGCACGCGUCCACCACAAGCGGAUGGCCGCCGCGGCCGCCCGUUUGCAGUGGCCGCCGCAACAGUGCCGGCUGCGCACCGCCGUACAUCCGACCACGGCCACCGCUUCUACCUCACCCGUCACCAGGCGUCACUUAAACAACGUGAUGGCCGUCCGAUAUAGUUGUCCCGAMGACGUGCCUGCGAAUUAAACACUGUAACAGUCCACACAACGCCACUGAUGCAGACACUUUGAAUACAAAGUUUGAUUUACCAGACGUGCUAAACUCUAUUUUCACAAUUUUUCACCAUUAAUGACGGAUUCAUUAAAAUUAUGAUUUUUUUGAAUUUUUAAAUAACCGCAUGUUAAAAUGAAGAUUGAUUUUCAAAUACAAAAGCCAAUUAUAAUUUUAUGACAUUUUAGGAACGUCCUGUAGCGAUUUAGAUUUAUUGAAUUAUAGUUAUUGUACAUU